AUGAUUGUGCAUGAGUUGGCUCGCCGAAAGAACAGCACUCCCUCAGAGGGUCCAGCUGAGUUGAGGCGUCCUGGCCCAAACUUGGCGGAGGCAAACCUUGGAGAAUGUGACAUAUGCAAGAAGGUCAUGGAGGCAAUCCGUGAUGUGAAGACCUUGCCGUGUAAACACAGGUUCCAUUUCGACUGCAUAGACGGCUUUCACAGGCGCAAGCUUCGUGAAGAAGGUGACGUGAAUCUCCCGUGCUUUACAUGUGGAGCCGCUUCGCACAAGUCCAUCGCCUCUGUUGUAGCAGAGCGCCAUCGACAGAAAGAGCAGGCCGCAGAUGAUAGAAGGCGAGAGGAAGAAAGGCAGGCGCAGGCGGCGCAAGGGCAUUCGAAGGUGAACAGGAGGGGAGCAUUGGCAGCACUGGCACAGGCGGCGCUGAUGGAGCAAAAGUGGGUCAUCAUUCCGUCCACUAACACCACCGUGGAGUACGAUUUUUGGAGCAUGAUCAUGCAGAAUCGGGACGUUUGCAAGGCCUUGAUUCAUCCGGAAAGGUGA